CCACUCGAAAGGCAAGGCGGGGACGGCCCAGCCGAGCGGCGUCGGGGACCACGGCCAAGGCCGGUCGACUACAGAGCAGCUCGGGCCGCCGGGGCCGGGGCUCCCCUCUCAACACCCCGACCCUCCCGCCACCCCCGAGCGACCGUGGGGACCGAGCGCGGGCGGGGCGGGCUGCUGGGCCGAGCGCGGGGCGGGGCGGGGCGAGUGGGGCGGGCCCGGCGCCUCCCGGCGCGAGGAAGUCCCGGCGCGGCUUUGGGGAAGUGCGGCCGACGCGCCUGCGCACUGCCCACGCCCCCCCACCGACGGCCUGGCGGGACCUCGGAGCGCGCGGGCCGGCGGCGGCGCGAGCGGCUCGGGAGCGCGGCUGACCCCCAGGCUGUGGUGAGGGUCUGAGAGCUGGCACCACGGAGCCUGGGCAACCUCCUCCGCCCACCCAUGCCCACCCCGCAUGAGGCUGAGAAGCAGAACACAGGGCCAGAGGAGGCAGACCGGCCCCCUUCAAUGUCCAAUCAUGAUGCAGCACCUCCAGCGGCCCCCAGCCGCAACCCUUGCUGCCUGUGCUGGUGCUGCUGCUGUAGCUGCUCCUGGAACGAAGAGCGGCGGCGUGCGUGGCAGGCCUCCCGGGAGAACAAGCUGCAGCCCCUCCCUAGCUGUGAAGUGUGUGCCACGCCAAGUCCUGAGGAGGUGCAGAGCUGGGCGCAGUCCUUUGACAAGCUGAUGCACAGCCCAGCGGGACGCGGCGUGUUCCGGGCGUUCCUGCGGACGGAGUACAGCGAGGAGAACAUGCUCUUCUGGCUAGCCUGCGAGGAGCUGAAGGCCGAGGCCAACCAACAUAUGGUGGACGAGAAGGCGCGGCUCAUCUAUGAGGACUACGUGUCUAUCCUGUCCCCCAGGGAGGUGAGCCUGGACUCCCGAGUGCGGGAGGGUAUCAACAAGAAGAUGCAGGAGCCGUCCGCACACACAUUCGACGACGCCCAGCUGCAGAUAUACACGCUUAUGCACCGGGACUCCUACCCGCGCUUCCUCAGCUCUCCCACGUACCGUGCCCUGCUGCUGCAGGGACCCUCACAAUCCUCCUCCGAGGCCUAGGCUGUCUGGCAGCACAGACCCCGCCGCCUCCCCUGGCAGACUCGGGGUUGCUGUCAGGGCACCUGCCUGCAGGCCCAGCCUGGCCAGCUGCAGUCCGCAGCCCUGGAGGCUGUCCUAGACCCAGUGGGGAGUGCUGUGUCUUCUGGCUCUGACCACCGUCCCGAGCGGGAACUCCAGGUGCAGGGCGGGUCAGAAGCCCCCUCAUCGCCCACAGCUGGCUGGCAUGGUGCUCCUGGCUGGGGACUCUUGUGUGGUGAGAGCAGGGGUCCCCCCCCCAGGAGGCAUACUGGACCCAUGAGCCUCGUUGGGGCCCCCUCCCCAGGCAGCUGAUAGGCCCCAGACUAACCUUUGGUGGAUAUAGAACCUCCAUGUUGUGUAGUUUUGUGACAUAAAGAGACCUCCUACUUGAGCUGUCUGUACCCCAGAACCAAACCCAGAACCUCAGAGCCAGAUGUAGAACCUCAGAAUCUUGCACUCAAGGUGCCAGGACCCAAUUUCUGUUUUAUAUGUUCAUGAAGUUUAAACCUGGAAACAUGUCCUUGAUAUGUGUUUUAUCAAAAAAAAAGUUUGUUCAUAUUUAUCUCUAUCCCUAAGCCCCCCAAAAUACGAUGUUAUUAUUGAAGAUAUUUUUAAAGCAAAA